AUGUUCUGCGCACUGGAGCCACAGACCGAGCUCAAGUCGCUGCUGGGGCACGAGAGCUUCAAGCUGCUUGACCGAGUCUUCCAGGACUUUGACGAGGCAGUCCAGAUCUUCGGCAUGUACAAGUACCAGCAUGUCGGCGACUGGUACAUCGUCACGUGCCCCCGUGUAGCCCAGCCGUUCGACCGCGAGGUCCAGGAGUCAGAGUAUCCCUUGAGCUACUUCGAGGAGAUGUGCUUGCUGGCAGAGGAGCUGGAGACUCGUGCAAAGAAGUUCGAGAUCAACGGGAGCAGGCUGACCCUCCGGGUUGGCCUCCACUGUGGGGCUGCAGCAGGAGCUGUGGUGGGGCUGCAUCGGGCCUUCUACUGCGUGUACGGGGACACGAUCAACACCACAGCUCGCAUG